CUUCACCACACGUUUACAAAACUGCAUACGUCGAGUCUGGGUUUUCCUCCACUCUCCACUCACUCACCAAUAUGGCAAAAGCAAGCAAGAAACAACACCCUUCGAUUUAAGUUGAAUUGAAGAAACACCAUUAUAUAAAAAAUUUGUAGGUAAUGAAGAAGCAAUCACGAACAUUGAAUCAUCUGGCGGUACUAAUUCCAACGCUCCUGAUGAUGUACACGUGUCAAGCAAUGAUUAGCCCCAGCAACCUCCAUCCCCUAAUCCUAGUCCCGGGCAACGGCGGAAACCAGCUAGAAGCCAGGCUAACCAGCGCUUACGAGCCGCCGAGUCUGUUCUGCAACCGGUGGUACCCAAUUUGCAAAAACAAGGAUGGUUGGUUCAGGCUAUGGUUCGACCCCAGCGUCCUAUUGGCUCCUUUUACCAAGUGCUUCGCUCACUGCAUGACACUUUACUACGACCCGCAAAUCGAUGAUUACCAUAAUGCCCCUGGGGUCCAGACCCGGGUUCCUCGUUUCGGAUCUACCCAAUCCCUCCUCUACCUCGACCCUCAUCUCAAAGAGAUAACAGGGUAUAUGUCACCUCUAGUGGGGUCUUUGGAGGAAAUAGGCUACGAGAACGGAAAGACCCUUUUCGGAGCCCCAUACGACUUCCGGUACGGUUUAGCUGCGGAGGGUCAUCCGACCCAAGUUGGUUCCAAGUAUCUAGAAGACCUAAAAGCUUUAAUAGAGAACGCAAGCUCCUCCAAUGGCGGAAAGCCAGUAAUCCUUGUCUCACACAGCUUAGGAGGACUCUUCGUCCUCCAACUCCUCAAUCGAAACCCUCUCUCAUGGCGUCAAAGCUUCGUCAAACACUUCAUCGCGAUCUCGGCGCCAUGGGGCGGCACUGUGGAGGAGAUGCUUACCUUCGCUUCCGGCUACUCACUGGGAGUUCCACUCGUUGAGCCAUUGCUAGUCAGGGGCGAGCAGAGAAGCUCCGAGAGCAACCUAUGGCUGAUGCCCAACCCCAAUAUGUUCGGUCGAGAAAGGGCAUUGGUGAUUACCCCCAACGACAACUAUACGGCGUACGACAUCCCCGAGUUCCUAAACGACAUUGGAUUCCCUCAAGGGGUCUAUCCUUACAAAGCUCGCAUAUUGCCUCUGAUGGAUCGGAAUCAGCUGGCGGCGCCUGGGGUCCCCAUCUCGUGCGUGAUCGGAAGUGGGGUACGGACGCCGGAGACUCUGUUCUACGGGCCGAAUGGAUUCGAUGAGCAACCAGAGAUUGUUUAUGGGGAUGGAGAUGGGACGGUGAAUAUGGCCAGCUUAUUGGGGCUUGAGUCGUUAUGGAGCGAUUUUAAGAACCAAACGCUUAGAGUGAUUAAAAUUGGUGGAGCUUCUCAUACUCAAAUAUUAAAAGAUGAAGGUGCUCUUUCUGAAAUAGUGCGAGAAAUUUCUAGUAUCAAUUCCCAGUUAAGUUUUGAAAAGUGACAUAAUUGUAUUAUUUUUAAUUCAACAACAAUAGUUUUGCUUCAUAACAAGCAAUUUUUUUUUA